AUGGACUCGGCUCGCCCCAAAAGGAAGACCACUGUCAACGUCAACUACAAAGAAAAAAGCGAGCUUGACCUUGUGCAAGAACAAGAGAGAGAAGCAAACGUGAUCAAGAAAGCCGCCAAAAAACCCGAGCCUUCCAAGCCCGAGACGCCUACAAAACUAGCAGGUAAGAACAAGAGCCAGGACAAGUCUCAAUAUGUUCCGGUUGACGAAGUAGUGCCGAUAAAUUUUCAGCCAAAGUGUGAUCAAGAAUUCAACGUUUUGCUUGAUCUCAAGGGCGCAAAAGUGGAAAACAACGUUCUCACACUCAAGGAUGGAACCAGAAUAAAGAAGGGAGAUUUUAUAUACAUGAUUUGUGAGCCUCCUGGAGAACCGUAUUACAUUGCAAGAAUAAAGGGUUUUGCUCGGAAAGAGAAGGACGAUGCCACCAAAAGCGCAAAAAACUACAACUUCGAGGUCUGCUGGUUUUAUCGGCCCCGCGAUCUCAACAGGAAGUCCCCUGAUGCAAGGUUGCUAUUUGCAUCUCUGCAUAUGGAUGAAUGUCCUAUUUCAAGUUUUCGAGGUUUCGUUACCGUCAAGCACCGAGCAGAAAUCGAAGAUUUGGACGCAUACCGAAUGAUUCCUCACAGUUUUUACUUUGAAAAGCUUUACGAUAGAUACAUGGUGAAGAUGUACGACGUGCUCCCAACGAUCAAGCUUACGAACCUGCCGCCGAAUUACUAUAAAGCUCUCACGAAACGCUAUGAAUAUAUUUUUGUCGAGGUGGGACGAGGCCAAGAUCUAUUAUCGGACCCCAAAAAUUGUGAAAAGUGUAUGCAAUGGGCCGCAUCCUCGGAUUCAAUACAAUGCUUGAGGUGCCAAAAGAUUUACCAUUUGCUUUGUGUGGACCCACCUAUCACGAACAAACCCAAAAGGGGUUUCGCAUGGUUUUGUGCUGCAUGUAAUAAAGAGCUCGAGGAAGAGUUGUCGGAGAAGCGCGGUCAUAUGCUUCACAGCGGUCUUCCUUCACAGAUUGCAGCGUCGAUAAAGGAUGAAGAUUCAGAUGCAAGUGAGGACGUUUCUAGUUCCCAGACGCCCAUGGAAGUAGAAUCCAGGUCUGAAUCCAUUCAGACAAACGAAACAGAACUACCAAAUGGCAAGCUUGCACGGUACGAGGAGCUUGCCAUUGCAUUUCUUGAAGCAGAUAAAAACUUGAGCUUCGAAAAAAGGAGAGAACUCGAAGAGUGGCCAUACAGAUACCUCGGUAUGCAUGCUAAACUAGAGGACGCGCUAGAUCUUCAAGACCGACCAUAUCCGCGAGCGGCAUCGAGACUGGGAACAAAGCAUCAGUUCACAGGAAUUGUCGAUUGGUACGGCCACCCGGUCGUAUACUAUGACGAUUCUGACUAUCCAAAGGCUAGAAGCCGCAAAAAAAAAUACCAAAAAGAAGACUACGUUGCAGACUGA